CUGGUUCAAAUCCAGGCUGUAUCACAUCAGGCUGUGAUUGGGAGUCCCAUAGGGUGGCACACAAUUAAAAAUACAAAUCAGUUUGCCUCCGCACUGAAUAUCGCUCAGUUUUACUGUUGUUUCACCACACUGAAUUAUAUUGGAUUCCAGCUGGCUUCAUGUGCAUAUUCAUAGGAGAGAACUGAAGGAUGUAUUUUUUAAAUAUAUAUUUUUUUACCUUUAUUUUACUAGGCAAGUCAGUUAAGAACAAAUUCUUAUUUUCAAUGACGGCCUAGGAACAGUGGGUUAACUGCCUGUUCAGGGGCAGAACGACAGAUUUGUACCUUGUCAGCUCGGGGAUUCAAACUUGCAACCUUUCGGUAAUGGUAAUGGGAGGCUAAUGAUUAUGAUGAAGAUAAUGGUGUUGAUAAUGCCCGCUCUCCUUCUCUCUUUAAUCUUUGUGUGUGUACUUUUUUCUGUGGGACUGUAACCCGAGCCCUCCCUUGGUCUGUUAUCUGUGACUGCAGGUCCUUGCUACAAAAUUGACACUCAACCCUCAAGCAAACCACAGGCAUUUCCAAGCUAACAUAAUACUAUUGCACAAUAGUGUAUUUGUGCAUGUGUGUGUAGUGCAAACGUGUGUGUGAUGGGGGUGUUGGGAAUGAUGAGUGUCAUGCCCCCCUCCCUCAUAAUAAAACCACCCACCAACGAGCAAAGGAGACAAGGGAUUAGGCUCCAUCUGAAAUAGUGUGUGUGUGUGAGUGGAUUUGUGUCUACGCCUCUAUGUCUGUCUGUGUGCAUUGGUGAAAAGGAAUUCCCUCUUUUGUUCCUGAGAAAGCUAGUGUAUGUUCAGUAUGUGUGUGUGUUUGUGUAUGUGUGUGUAUGUGUAAAAGAGGAAGCUGGAGGGUGCUCAUCUACACACAGAGAGAGAGAGAGAGCGUGCAGGAGAGAGAGAGAGAGGGUUGGCAGGGAUAGAAAAGGAGGGAGAGAGGGAACUGCUCACCAACAGCAAAGAGAUAAUGAGAUAGAAAGAGAGUAUGUGAUAGGAUAGAGAAAGAGUGGAGAUCUACUUAUCAACAAGGCUGAUGUUUGUGAACCUUCUGUAGUCUAACCAGCAAUCACCCUCAGUCCCUUUACAGUAGACUCUUCCACCACCUGGAUAGUUAGCAGGAAGCAUUUAGUCUGCCGACCUGCUUGUACUGAAGAACUUGCGGUACUGCAGCACCAAUCUAAAAAAUUUGACUUUUCCGGUUCUGCCCUGACCGGUUUCUUUCACUCCCUCUCUCUCUCUCUUUCGCUCUCUCACACACACACACACACUGCCCCGACAAGUUUCAGAGGAGUGUGUGUGUGGUAGUUCCUUCAUACUGAAUCAGCUCGGACAGCCUGUGUGUGUUAGCGGUCCUCUUUCCUUGAUUUCUCUAGGUAGAAUAUUUUAAUCUUACUUUGACACAGAGAGGAGACCAUUAUUUUGCCGAUUUGAUCCUGAUCCAUCCCCGUUUUGACAAAGCUGAAAGAAUCCCCUUGGUACAAGACUCGCUUGUCAUUGGAAGCUCUGCCUUUACCCACUAGAGUGCUCUUUCAUCAUUCAGUAUAUCUCAGCUACUCCAACUGAAGAGACCAUUUCUUAUUUCCUGGAUAAAGUUUUGGUGCUGCGUUUUCUUUGACGCAGUGGAUGCCACGGCACAGGUAGACACACAGGAGAAUGUCGGUGAAUCUAAGUAAAAACGGAGCAGCACUCACGGCCGCGUAUAAAGAAGUGGUGGAUGUGAAGUCUGAUACCAACUGGGCUCUGUUCACCUAUGAGGGGAACACCAAUGACAUCCGCCUGGCAGAGAAGGGAGACGGCGGUCUGGAGGAGAUGGUGGAGGAGUUGAGCAGUGGGAAGGUGAUGUAUGCCUUCUGUCGUGUCAAGGACCCCAACUCUGGCCUGUGUAAAUAUGUUCUCAUCAACUGGACAGGUGAAGGGGUAAAGGACUCUCGGAAAGGACAGUGCGCCAACCAUGUCAUUUCCAUGGGUAACUUCCUAAGGGGUGCCCAUGUGACCAUCAAUGCACGGGGAGAGGAUGACGUGGAGCCAGAGAGCAUCAUGGGUAAAGUGGCCAAGGCGUCGGGGGCCAACUUUAACUUUCGCAAAGAGACACAGAAAUACAGCGAUGUACCCAGUGGACCUGUGGGGUCGGUGUACCAGAAGACUAAUGCUGUGGAUGAGAUUCUGCAAACCAAAGAGACACAGAAAUAUGACACACCCAGAGGGCCUGUGGGGUCGGUGUACCAGAAGACUAAUGCUGUGGAUGAGAUUCUGCAAACCAACAAGGACAACUUCUGGGCCCAAUCUCAGAGAGAUGAGGAGGUGCGUCAGAAGGAGGAGAGCAAGAGAGUGGAGGAGGAGAGGCAAAGGGCGAAAAGAGAGCGAAAAGAGAGGGAUGAAAAGGAGGCUGCAGAGAGAGAAAUGAGGGCAAAGGAGAGAACCUCUCAAAUCGACCAGGCAAAGACUUACCAGAAGCAGCAGGAGUCAGGGUAUAGAGACCAGGAACAACAUCAGCCGGAACGGCAUGACAGUGAGCGUCAGAACACUCAGAGGAUAAGACCUGCAUCUGUACAAAAAGCAAACGAGGCAGCACGUCUGAUCUCCCAGAGGUCCUUGAACCCCAGAGAGCUGUUUAAAAAGAGAGAGCAGAGUGCCUCACUGGACAACACGCCCAGCUCCAGACCUGGGAAGCUGCAGAGCCACUUCCUGACUCAGAAGUCCACUGAGAGAGAAACACCCAACGAACCACGUUCCCUACAAUACCCUGCUUUUCUUCACCCAGAAGCCCCGGCUCCAUUGGUCCCAAAAACACCUGCUCUGCUCUCAGAGCGUAAGGCACAGGCAGCCCCACCUUCACCUGUCCAACCCGCAGAGUCUUCCUUCACUGAAGAGGAAUACUGGUCAGAUGAUUUUGAUGGUGAUACACAGGACACAGCACCAGCACCGGAGGACGAGCCAACAGUUGCCGACCUGGUUCAGGGUAGAGAAGGGCACAUUGACCUAGAUGAGGUAUACGAGCUCCUGCCAUUGGCAGCAACAAAUGAGGAGGAUAACAUUUAUGAUGAUAUCUACCAGGACACACCCACAGUGCUGGAGCAGAGAGAGGAGGCCAGUGGACAGGAUGUGCGUGCCAGGGCUCUGUAUGACUACCAAGCCACUGACGACUCUGAGAUUACCUUUGAUCCUGAUGACAUCAUCAUAGGGAUAGACAUGGAAGAUGUGGGUUGGUGGAGAGGCUACGGACCGGAUGGACACUACGGAAUGUUCCCUGCUAAUUACGUUGAGCUCCUGUAGUUCCAAAGCCCUCCCACAUGCCUGUACAACCAAUUAGAGCAUCAGAUCAUUCUGACUGCGACCAAUGCGAACAAUACAGGGGUAGGAAGGGGGAUGUUUUUCUCUCUGCACAGAUAUUAGGUUUAUAAGUAGAAAGAGAAGAGAAUGGAGGUGCAGGGCUUAUCAGGGAUGUCAGGGAAAGUGACUGUCACUUGAUUACUGUAUUUUAAUGUACAACAGAGCUCAUGUCAGUGUAUUCUAGUCUUUGUGAAUGUCUAGUUUUAGUCAGGUCUCAGACUAGCAGUCUUAUAUGGGAUUAUGGGGAUGUUUGGGGUUUUAUAUGUGUCUUGAAUUAGUCAGACCUUUGCUUUUGAUCCACUUUUCAAUAAAUAAAGAUGAAUGUCCAACUGUU